AUGUCGGUGAGGGUGGUGGCUCGCAUACGUCCGCUCCUGGAGAAGGAGUUGGACAAGGACAUCAUCGUUCGCCCCGCCAGCAAUGACGACGGCAACACCAGCACUGUUGUCAAGAUCCCCAAUCCCAGGAACGAGUCGGAGGAGUUCUCCUUCACCUUCAACAGUGUAUAUGACCAGGCCACAACUCAGGAACAACUAUUCACAGCUGAAGUUGCUCCUCACCUCAAGUCUCUCUUCCUCGGCCUCGAUGUGACCAUGUUCGCUUAUGGCGUCACCGGCACUGGCAAGACUCACACGAUGCGGGGAGGUUUAAAGCUUGCGGACCGCGGUGUCAUCCCUCGAUUGCUGAGUGGUGUUUUCCGGAGAGCGAAGAAGAUAACGAAAGACUCGAAUGGCGAGACCUCUGUGGCCGUGGCUUUGUCAUACUACGAAAUCUACAACGACAAAGUAUACGACCUGCUCGAACCGGUCGAGAAGCGAACUCCCUCGGGUCUACCCCUACGCGCCGAAGCCAAUGGCAAGACAGUCGUUGCCGGCCUGUCUGAACGUCCAUGCCAGGACCUCAAAGACUUCGAACAACUAUACAUUGAGGCGAACACCAAUCGUGUCACGGCCGCUACCAAGCUGAACGCUCAUAGCAGCAGAAGUCAUGCCGUUCUACGCGUCAAGGUCACGCAAACUACCGGUGACAUGAUUCGCGAGAGCACUGCCUCGGCUAUUGAUCUGGCUGGAUCGGAAGACAACCGGCGCACAGAGAAUGGCAAGGAGCGCCUCGUUGAGUCUGCUGCUAUCAAUAAGAGUCUGUUUGUGCUAAGCCAAUGUAUUGAUGCUAUCGCUCGUGGUGAGCGGCGCAUCCCCUUUAGGGAAUCUAAGAUGACGCGCAUUCUUUCUCUUGGACAGAAUAAUGGAAUCACAAUCAUGAUUCUCAAUCUCGCGCCACUCCGCAGUUACCACUUGGAUACUCUCAGCAGUCUGAACGUUAGUUCUCGGGCAAAGCGUAUAGAGGUCCGUGAAAUUGAAAACGAGAUUGUUUAUAAACAGCCGCCUCGCUCAACCACGAACUCCGGCUCGAAUAUUGCUCGCCAACCACUGCGGUCCUUGGCCAAUGCCCAUAACAUCAACGCUGGAGCAGCGGCGGCGGCGGCUGCUAAGCCCGCGGAUCGCCCAGUCAAGGCAUUUAGUGUGUACACUGACAAGGCGAAACCGGCCCCCGUUCCGAGAUCAGCAAAUACGGCAGUCAAGCGUUCUCCCAAGCCACACAAGCGCCCUUCAGAUUCCGAUGGUGGGAGCCGACCGUCCAAGAUAACCCGGCCAGAACUAGUCCGGCCCAGUGGUAUACCUCGACAAUUGAAACCAUCUCAAGCGUCCCAACCAUCAAUUUCGGCAGAUCAGAUUGAGGCUAUGGUGGAAAAGAAAGUCAGUGAGAUCUUGGCGGCGCGAACACAAUCGACGCCUGCGCCGCAGGAGCUCAGUGCUGAUGUGAAGAGACGCCUGGAAGCUCUUGAGCGGCGUAUUGAUGAUGGACGACACGAUGAUACCCGCUCAGAAGGGUUGCGCUUUUUGCUAAUGGCACGGCAGCAUAAAGAGCGAGGUGAAAAUGCAAGCGCCCUGAAGAUGUAUGAAAUGGCGUUGCCUUAUUUCCCCGGCCAAGCUAAGCUCCUCGGCAAGAUUGAAAAACUAAAGGCCUGCAUUGCUGUGGAGAGAGGGAGCCAGCUUAUGGAAACAAUGGAGCCUAUGGAAAGAACGCCGGAGAAGAAAACCAAGAAGGCUAGCCGAUCAUCUGAAGUAGACGAGGAUGCCUAUAGUGUUGCUGAAGCAGACGAUGAUGAUGAUGAAAGCUACGUCGCCAAGACCAAGAAGAAAGCGAAAAAGGCCAAAGCCACGAAAGUGGUAUCGGACUCGGUAAUAGAGGACGGACCGAUCUCGCAAGCUUUGCUCGACAUCAUCAACUCGAGAGACUUAUCCAUGAUCAUGGGACUUCAGGGCCUGGGGCCCAAGAAAGCACGCGACCUAGUACAGUAUCUGGAGAUGCAGUCGGAAAAUAGCGAUCGCAUUGAGACGCUCGUGCAGCUACGCACGAUCCCAGGAAUGGGCGGGCGUACAGUUGAGCGGGCGUAUGAGGGAUUGGUCGCCAGUGGCGUCUAUUAA